UUUCCCUGGCUGUGGUCGGGGGCAGUAGCCACGCCGCGCGCAGUCGGUCGCCGCACGCACCGCCAGAGCGCGCCAAAAUUAAAUUUAUUCAAAUUUAGAAUUUGAUUGUUUUUGUUUUUUUGGUUAAUGUGCAAAGCGGCCAGUUAAAAUGUGGAGUGCCAGUAUUUGUGUCUGGAUUAUUACGAUAAUAUUUGGUUUUUCACACAUAACUAGUGCUGCUUGGCUAAGAUGUUACAAGGGCUCAAUAGAAAACUACAUAGCGACGCCAUUAUCCAAACCGCAGCCUAUCGUCUCAUCAUGCGUGGACCUCACGCUCCCGACAGUGAUCUACACCUUCGGCUACCGAGGCAAGACCGCCGGCCCCGCCACCAGUGCCGUUCUGAAUGCUUACAUCAACAAGAGGAAGCGGAAUGUGCUGUUGUUGGACUGGGAAGAGGAGGCCCGGAGCGGGUAUCUUGGGAUACCGCUGGGCUAUGUGCUGUAUGCUGUUCCGAACGCUGUUAAGAUAGGCCGAGAGCUGGGCGCGGCGCUGAUGGCGCUGCAUGAGUCGGGGCUGGACAUCUCGCAGCUGCAGCUGGUGGGGCACUCGCUGGGCGCGCACGUCAUGGCGCACGCCGGCCGCGCGGCGCGCCAGAAGGGGUAUACUGUGCCGCGCAUCACGGGUCUCGACCCGGCGCGAGCCCUCUUCGAAGGCACCCUGACGGUCCAGGCGGGGCUGGACCGCACGUGCGCCAAGUUCGUGGACAUCGUGCACAGCGACCCCGGCGGCUACGGCACCAGCCUACCGGCGGGGACUGUGGACUUCUGGCCCAACUACUCCGGUCCGGGUGGCGUGCAACCCGGCUGUCCGGCCGGGGACUAUGAUAUGUUUAGUCCUGAAGACCUGUGCAGCCACGACCGCUCCUGGCGUUUCUUCGUGGAGGCCAUCACGUCACCGACCGCGUUCCCCGCGGUGCACGCGAAGGACUACGAGGCGUGGGUCAAGGGGCCGCCCGCAGCCAGCCCAGCGGUCAUCUACCUCGGUGAUCUCACCAGCACCAGGGCUCAAGGCAACUUCUUCCUGACAACCAACGCUACAGCUCCCUUCUCCAAGAACCAGCAAGGCUUGACCCCCGACGUCAGCCAAGUGCGACGGAAGCGGCGGAACUCCUCCAUCACCAGGCUACUCAAGUAUCUCAGAUGAUACUUGAUGCAGUGGCUCCACCAAACCGCAAGGGUCACUAGACAUGUACUAUUGUUACUGUGACAAAGGUGUUUUAGCUUUAAAAACCAGUGCCAAUUGAACCUGUGUUGAACUGUACGCUUGUAAAUAGGCUUUGGUGAGUGCCAAUAGUCUUAGUACCCAUUGUUUUAUUGGUAAACAAUAGUUAAUACUGAGAUGUGAUUGGUACCUACAAUUGAAAGUAUAACUAUGCAUCUUUCCAAUUCUGUAAAAAAGU